AUGAGCGGUCCACAGAAUGCUACUUGGGACAUCGGCUCGACGGGGGGUCUAGUUUCCCUGACGAUGGGUGCUUUAGUCGCUGGCAUGGCAGACCGGGUCCAGCCAUAUGUCUUCAAGGCUUGUCAACAACUCGGAAAUACGAUACCCAUGUGCGAUGCGACGAUGGAAAUUAUUCGAAACAAGGUUGUUCCGCCGCCAGAAAAGCAAAAAAUUAAAUAUCUGAAGGCUUUUGUUGGGUUCCCGACAAAUGACUGCGCGUCUGAGUUCAGUCAGUCCCAGGAUGGUUUGCGAUUUUUGAGCUUAGCGGCAGCCUUGUUAUGUUCCAUGGAGGUUUCCGAUGCAAAGCUUUAUCUGGAAGCGUUGAUGAUCGAUGCUGUUUCAAAAGCCGCUAACGACAGUAGCGUUUUUCCCAAACCCCAAUUACUCAGAGAUCUGCUUGCCGCACUUGAGCCGCGAUGCACCGCUGCAGGCUUCUCAGACCUUACCUUGACCUGGCAUUCCAGGAUUCAUCAUCAGGCAUCGCUCGCCCCGCUUGCUUUCAUGAACAACACAAAUGAGUCUGUAGCCUUGCCUGAUCCUGACGGAAUCGCAAAAUUGAUAGCUGCUUUCCGAAAGCUCUAUCGAAUAGGACACGCAAAAGCAAAAAGGGUGAUCAUCAGAUCCUCUCGCUGUACAGCUUGGGUUGCCUCAUUUACCGAGUGGUGCCUGGGCGUUUCACCAGAGAUAUACACCUCUUUUGGUCAACAUCUAUGGAGUGAACAUCACCACGGCGUUUGCAUAAUUCACUUUCCAGCCAAUGAUGUACCAACCCCAACUCCCUCUUUGGGAGUCCAGGUUGAUGAAACAAUCCGAUCAUUUGAGGAGCUUAUGAGUGAUGAUGCUGCCAGAAUGGACUGUUAUGUCAAUCUCCGAUGGAGAGGAAUGCCGUCUAUCAACGAAUAUGGCGAAUGGCUUCUUCAAAACAAUGGCCUCAACUCUGGGUCCGACAAAUGA